UCGUAAAUGUCUGGCAGGCCUAAUCUCAGAUGUUUUCCUCCUGAACGUCUCUGAAACAACAAAAUGUCUAACACCCUGUUAGCAGAAGUUGGUUGGGACGCGGGUUUUGCCAUCCCUGUAGCUAAUGCGGAGAAUAAAGCAUUGGAGGAGGGGCUUCAAAAGAAGCAAAAAGAGCAAUUCAAUCUUGGGGACAAAAUCAAUAAAAACAAGGAUGUGAUAAAUGCUCUGACUGAACACCUAAAAAAUCUAAGACAGGAGGUUUCCCACACUCAGGCAUUGUGCAAAGCCAGAGAGAAGGAGACUGAAUCAGAGGUGCAUUUCAGAGCACUGGCGGAGCGAGAGACAGGCCGCCUGAAGCAAGAGGUCACUCAGCUGGAGAAUCAGCUGAAAACACUGAAUGAGAAGAAGAACGCGCAAGAGGUUGCAGCUGACACAUAUAACAACAUCUUUAAAGCCACCCAGAAGCUUGAUGAGCUGAAGAGUCAGCUGAACUGGGAUCAGCAGACCCUGGAGGCCUGGCUGCAGGAAUCAGCACACAAGGAUGAAGACACCAUGGCUAUCAUCAAGUACGCCAAGCAAGAUGAAAGCAAGAUUCGAGAGAAACUGCAGAUGGUGACGGAGGCGGUGCUGGAUGGUGAAGAACAAGCAGCACAGAUGGAGCAACUGCACAGAGAACAGGAACAGAACAUCAAAGAUGAUAUCCGCUGCGUUAGGAAAGACACAGAGAAGAUCGGAACAGAAAAGAGAGAACUGACCUCCAAGAUCCAGGAGCUGGAACUCUUCAUUGACAACUCUGAGAAAGACCAGAAAAAACUCAGGCUCAAAAAACAGGAUGAUAUCCGCUGCGUUAGGAAAGACACAGAGAAGAUCGGAACAGAAAAGAGAGAACUGACCUCCAAGAUCCAGGAGCUGGAACUCUUCAUUGACAACUCUGAGAAAGACCAGAAAAAACUCAGGCUCAAAAAACAGGACAGCAUGGUGGAGAAAGGUCUCCUGAAGAUGGAGGUGCAGCGACUGAGAGAUCUGCUGUAUGACCGAGCAGAUGGAGUGCUGAGCCUGGAGAAGAGACGUCUGCAGCUGCAAGUGGCCAUGAAAGAGAGAGAAGAGGAGAUCCAUGUGCACAGAGAGAUGCUCGCUAAACAGGCCAAGCUCACUGAACAGGAGAGACAAGGGCUCAGUGCUGCGGUGAAUGAGAGACUGUUCAAAAUUGACAAGAUGAGGAAGAGGUACGAGAUCCUUACUGUUUCUAUGGCUGCACCAGAGGGAGAAGAGGAGAAAUCCCAGGCCUACUUCAUUAUAAAGGCAGCUCAAGAGAAAGAAGAGCUCCAGCGGCAAGGGGAUGAUUUGGACGGCAAAAUCCGCAAGACAGAGAAAGAGAUCCACGCAUUGGAGAACACCCUGCAGGUUGUCAACAGCUGCAAUACAACCUAUCGCAAGGCCCUGACCAAAGUCACAGAGUCCACAUGUUUUUUCCACAUAUUUCAGAGCAUGUCCCGCACAUUGGAUGGUCUUCUUCAAGAGGAAGCAGUCCAGAAUGAGACAACUGGGAGGACUCAAGCACAUGUGCUCUCUCUCAACAAAGACAUCCUCUCUCAGGAGGAGAAACUCAAUAGAGCCAUCAAACAGUGUGCCAAACAUACCAGGGAAAUUCGGUCUGCUAAAAACACCAAAGAGAAGACCUUUGAGGAACGUGACAUAGAGCUACGUGAACUCAGAGAUUUCAAUAAAAGCGUAAAUAAGAUGCUCCUUGAAGCCAUGGAGGAGAAUCCUGACCUUUCAUCUGCACUGCAGAUACGUUUUAUGCAGGCUGGUCUGUCCCUGCCCUCUCCCGCUUCCACUUCAUCCAGUCGUCUGAGCUCAAAGAUCAGCUCAGCCCGCAGUUCUGCUUCACUCCAUCGAUCCUCAAAUCCCUCAGCCAGCAGCAGUCCCAGAAGCCAGUCUGUCACGUCCCCUGCAGUGAGGACAGUGGAUCUGGGUUUGGGCCUCUCCGUCACGUCCCCGCAAGGGUCUCGGCCGCCCAGCGCUGGCAGCAGCAGCCGGAGCAGCAAGUGCAAAAGCCCUUAAUUCAGUUUUUCUUUAAAAUAGCUUUGGCUGUUUAAAAUUCACUUUUAUGUUUUCGUUUCUUAGAAGUUAGUUUCAAGGAGAAGUACUAUAACGCAGUUUGAUAAUUGACCUUUUUCCCAAAAAUGCUUUU